AAACAGAAUCAAUUAAGGAUCAAAAGAAGGCAGUCCCUAUUAGGCCAGAAAAACUAUGGAGACUCCUUAACAGCUGAUUGUCUUAUUAAGACUUUCGUGGAAAAGAGGGAUAUGGAGGACGCCAUUAUAAAAACUCUAUUCGUUGGAGGGUCUAGACCCAAAUAGGAGGACACUAAAUUCGACCUCCUAAUUAAGAGGAUGAUGACAUGCUGGAUGGAAAAAGAAAGAGAGAUCGUAUGGUCUGAAGGAACUUCUAAAGGUGAAAAUGAAAGAAUGUGGGAUAGCAACAGAAAUCAAAGGAAACUGGGCCAAAUACUCUUUGAUGAGGGUCCCUUUAAAAAUCACACCCAAGAUCUGGAUCAACAAAUAAGGAGAGGAAAAAGUUUUUAAAUUUUUUUAAUUGGAUGCUUUCCGAACAAUUAGUUUGUAACAGAAAGCGCAAUCAGAAUUCAUAAGGAAGGGUACUUGAAAGUAUUACCAGAAAUUAUAGAAGCUGGGUUGAUAAUACAUAGAUGGGAUUAGUUCCCAGAUAAGAAACCUUAGGUAUUAGGUCCAAAUGAGGCUAAGAGGAAUUAUCAUCUGAUCAAGGAUGACAUGGAUAUUUUACAUCAUGUGUUGCUGCAUCGAAGUCAGAUGGAUUACCUUGAUGUCUUUUAUAAAGACAAGAACUAAUACAACAUUAAUUGAUAACAUAGGAUUGGUCUUAAUAAGUUAGCAUAGCCAGAGGAAGGAAGAAGUUAUUGAAAAGAGUCGAGAUAAUCCGGCGGAUAGCUCUCAGGUGAGAGGCAUGUUCCCGACACUGAAGAUAGAUAAAUAGAGACAAGCGAUGGUUUAACUUAUAUAGGAGGAGAAAAUAUCGGACUAAGAAUCAGCGAAGUGUCAGGAAUCAGUGAGAAGAUCCAUAACUAACUACUGCCAUAUGGCGAUGCAGAGCCGACAUAGCCCAAGAACUUUAAGAGGUAGGAAAGUUCUGGAAAUGAC